AGAAUGCAGUUAAUACCAGUCAGACAAGAAAUACCAGGCAUUCAUUUAUUCACGUUCUUCUUUAAGGUUCGGCCUUUUCUUUGCUUCAAAAUGCCUAAAACACAUUGAUAUGGAAAAGCUAAGAAGAUUAAGUUUACAUUGGGUCAAGUUUGAGAUAUUAGUUCAUGUUCCUGAAGAUUGUCAAAUGUUUCCAGUGAGCGUCAGGCCAGCGGACACUAUAAAGGACCUUAGAGUGAGCCUUGUAAAACAAGGAAUUACCUCGUGGAAGAAGCAUUUUUCCUACAAUGGCAGAGAAUUAGGAGAAUAUGAAACUAUUAGAAACCUCAACAUCAAAAGUGGAGCUGUUAUAUUACUUGUUAAGAAAAGUGCAAGGUAAAUAUUUUUGCAUUACAUAUAUAUAUGUGAAGAUGCAUGAUCAUCUAGAAGAGAAUUUGGACAUCUGAAUACAGAAGAUGAACUGACUAUGCCAGGUCAGAUCGAGGACAUUAUCACGAGUAACGUAUUUCAUGGGCAUUUGUGACUCGAGGUUGAAAGAAAACUUCUGAAAUGUGGCAGACAUUUUCAAUGAAAACCAACCUUCGUAUAAUGAAAACCGCAAGAAAAAGUAUCUUACACCUAUCUCUAUGAUGAUAGCACUGUAUGUAAAUAUUUUACAGACUGGACUGACAUAUAUAAUAAUACAUUUUUACACUCUGUUGUAACUGACAGUGUACACGUAACAAAAACAAU